AUGACGAAGUUAAUGUUACUAAACAUAGUGGCUGUUGUGUUAGCGCAAAUUGCAGGUGUUAAGACAGAGGCUCGACGUCAGCUAAAUGGUACCGCUUCCUGUGACAGAUUCCCUGAUUUUUGUCCUAUCCAGUGCACGGCUAUAGAUGCUAUGGGUUGCCUAGUCUGUAACUGUAAUGUAGGUGCAAAUAACACAGAUUCAUCUUCCGCAAGAAGUUCAUCUGCCAACAGCAGCGGAAGUCAAACUUCCUCAAACGAUGAUACAACAGGCAUUGAACAAAAUGGCCGAAGCCAAACUUCCGCUUCAUCUUCAAACAAUAUGGCGGGUUGUCCGAAACUUCCAGACAACUGUAAUUUUGACUGUUUAACAAUUGGGAGCAAUGGGUGUAUAGUGUGCACGUGUACAAAUGGAGGGCCUUCAGUGCCACUGGCAGGUGGCGCCACGUUGACGUCAAGUGGAAAGACCAGCCAAUCAGGACACGGGUCAGAACGGCCAAUCACGAGUGCUGCAAAUAACUCGACAACAAUGACAAAUGUUCAGUCGCCAUUUUCAAUAACAGCAAACGGUGCGGGCACCGGAAGCAGUGGCACGUCUGGAACAAGUGCGCAAGCGUCACAGAAUAAUAAUGGCUGUCCUGUGUUUUCAAACAACUGCGAUGCCUCAUGUGUAUCCCUAGACACUAACGGAUGUCCAGUCUGUGUAUGCGCUUCCGGUGGUACCAGCAGUUCCUCAUCUAUGACGUCAUCGAGUGCUGGUUCGAAUCUCAACGGCUGUCCGCCGUUUACCACUGGCUGCACAGCAAAUUGUGUAGACCUGGACACGAACGGUUGUCCUGUAUGCAGAUGUCACCAUACGGGCCCCGGUUCACCAAGUGCAUCAAGAAACAAUACAUCUCCUGCAACAUCAGGGAAACAAACUGCUGUGCAUGCAUCAUCCAACAACAAUGGCUGCCCGGCGUUUCCUACUAACUGUAGAACGGACUGUGUAGACCUCACCUCCCUGGGAUGUCCUGUUUGUACAUGUACAACUUCCGGUUCCGGUUCCACAGCGACGGGGUCUACCUCAUCAUUCCAGGGGCAAAUGAACAAUAACAAUGGCUGCCCUGCAUUUCAGCCAAAUUGUCCUGCUGAGUGCACGACGACAAGCGACAACGGAUGUCCCGUGUGCGCAUGCUCAAGCAUUCCUUCCUACCCGCAAUAUGUCACUUCCGGAAACUCAGCAACCACUACACAAUCUUCAACAUCUGGAGAAAAUUAUAAGAAACAACAAACCGGACACAGCGUUGUAACCACCACAACUAAUAUUCCGGUGACAACGUCAACAUCUUCUUCUAGUGGAUCGGGCGGAAGCGCAAGCGGAGGUAGUAAUACAAAUGGAACUGGAAGUUCGUCUGGAACAUCAAGCGGAAGCGGAAAUGGCGGCGCAAUCACUUGUCCAGCGUUCGACGGUGCUCACUGUAAUCCGACAUGUAUUGGUUUGGAUGGAAACGGUUGUCUUUCGUGUGACUGCGGUACUGAGGUAACAACCCCGUCCAAUAGUGCUUCUACAACAAAAGCAUCAAUUAUUCCUGGUGGUGGUGACGGAACCACAUUUGCCCCUGGUAGCGCUACAGGAAGUGGAACAAAGGGAGGACAGACUAGUACCGGAAGUAGCGGCGGAGAUUUUACAACAUUUGCACCAAGUAUUGCGGUUACUGGGCAAUCAAGUAAUGAUACAAAAGGUAGCGGAUCUGCAGGUACUUCCGGCAACGGUAAUGGCUGCCCUGCUUACGACACGACCUGUCCGGCAACCUGUACAUCUCUAGACGUCAGGGGGUGUCCGCAGUGCUCGUGCCCUGGAGUAACAACACCAAAGGCAGACACGUCUCCAGACACGUCUUCACGAGUCACAACAACACCAUUGCCCUCAACAACGAAGACUCUGACGACACGGAUAAAUGUUAUAUAUCCAGCAACAACUCAAGCCCCACUUACACAACAUGGAACUUCAACGAGUGCUCCAUUGGCAACACAACCUUCUACAACCCAACCAUCUAUCACACAAGCACCUCCAACUCAACCACGUAAGACCCAGGCACCUACGAUUCCGCCAUCAACCGCAGUUUCAACGACCAGUCAAACCUCCAAGGGCUCAACAGUCAGCCCUGGUGUUUGCCCGCCGAUACGUUGUGUAUAUCCCUGUGACGCAGGAGUUACCCUUGGUGCCGACAACUGCCCCGUGUGCACCUGUAGAGCGGAUAUGAUGACAUCAAAACCAACUGUAUAAUACCGCUGUUAAUCAAAUAUUUUUUGUUUUUUUUUGUAACCAAAUGUCUUGAUAUGUGAAUUGUUUUCAUAUUAAUAGAUAUCUGAAAAUAUUUGCAAAUGUUUGUAUAUUACAAAUACCUUUGCGAUCCUAUCUUUAUACGAAAUUGUAUUGUUUCAAGGUUUAGCUCUA